AUGGGACAUCCAGAGGCUGAUACAGAAUUGGACCAGCUUAACAGCUUGCAAAAACUAACGAAAAUCUUUGAAAAGCUGAAGGAGGAUGGAAAGGAAACAAAAUCUGAGGAAGAGGAGACUAGUUCUGAUGAAGAAAAGUCAGCUUCGCAACGAGAGGAACAAGGAGAUGAUGAUCAGACUUCUGAAGAGGAAGAGGAUAACCAAGAAGCUGAGGUGUCUAAACAUGGAGCAACUAAGAUGACAAAAACAAGGUCCGACAAACAAGAAAAAGACAAGUGGGAGAAACAGCUUCAAAAAAAAGAGGAGGAGAUAAGAUGUCUAACUGUGGAGAAAGAGAAAUUGCAGAAAAAACUAAUGGAAAAGGAGGAUAAACUAAGGGAAUUCAUGGUGGACAAGGUGAAUCUGGAGGAACGAAAUGUUACCCUUGUGACAGAGAAUUUCUGCCUUGCAUCAUUGGUGAAGGAGUUAGAGGCAAAAGUGAAGAAGUUGGAGCAAAUGUUGAGUCCAAAGACUCACACCUCACCGACAGCUCAACAACACAGCUCCCCACCACCUAACUCAACAGAAGAGAAAAAUGAAUCAAAUGCAGCUCCAUCAAAGGCUGCUGAGAACACAAAAAAGGAAGAUUAA